GAUUUGACGAGGCAACAGUCGAGUUCCACUCACUUUUAUUCUGCUUUCGCCUGCUUCGAUAUUGAGUGAUUGUUCUCUGAAGGGGGUCCAAGCCUGUCAAAGGCGGGUGUACCAGAACCCCGCGGACUGCUCUAGUAGCAUUAGCCCUACUCAAACUGUGAUUAUGCGCCAGUUUUUUGCUUCAUCUGGGAAAAGGCACAUAGCAGCUCCGUGACGACGCAGGUUUUUGGAAAAGGAUGCAAUCGAUUUCUUACAGAACAAUAUCACUGGAUUCUGAGGGCGUGCUCUGCUUUUGAUUAAUGCAUCAAGGAACUCAUCUGCCCACUUAAAAUGCCGUAGCCUCAGGAAUAUGGACUGUUUCAUACUGUGUCUGUUUUAGCCAGAAGAAAAUUGCCUCGUUUCUUCUCUUUUUAGAGACAUGUCAAAUAGUCUAUGAUAUUUAUAAUUAAUUUUAAACCAGUGGUUCUUGCGGCAGCAGUAAUAGUCGCGACAGUUAUCACAGAAACAGGCGCACCAUGAGAGAAUUUAAACAGAAGCUGAUGUUUGUAUGUUACCGAAAAAAAGCCAAAAGAAUAGCGGUCCAACUUGAACGCUGUAAGACAGCCGGAGGCAGAUUCGAGAGAAAGGAACUAGGGGAGUCCGUGGGUACGGUGCCCUCCUUGGUACCCCCGCUUCCCAAACCGGAAGAAAUGACCUGGGGGCAGUGGAAGAAACAGUGGAUUAUGAUUGAGAAAUUAUAACAUUAACUUUUCAGGGGGACAGAAACUACAUGAAAUUAUGGCUUCUGUUACGUUUCAGUGAGAAGACUAGUGUCGUAUUUUAAUGUGUAUAUGUUCUUAGCUUAAAUUGUGAUUUUGCAGCACUUAAAUCUUUUCCCAUGGACGGAUAGGCUAUCUUAUGAAAACUGCUACGGUGCUUUGCCUUCUGGAGAAACUGACUGACAGCAAUUAAAAACCCUUAUGUCGUUUUAGGUUUACUAAGGAUAAUUCGUACUUAAAUAGAGCAGACCAACUGUACUUACAAGGGACUGCUGGAUUACAGUAGGCCUAUUAUAUGUACGAUAUUGAUCUAUUAUUAACUCGCAAGGAGAAAUUUCCACUUGAUGUUGAGAAUGUUAAUGAAAUUGCCAUAAUUUUGAUUGAAUGAAGGGGAAAGACUUUUGCAUCCGGCGAAGCAGUUAGGCUACAUUUCUAUGUCGAACUGAGAAAAUACAGAAACGCAAUGAUACACGUGCAUGACGUACUGAGAACUGACUGCCCUCAUCAGCAAAGUGAUGUGAGCUGGCAGAACUGUCGGCUCGUUUGAGCUCAAGAUGUACCUCAAGUACUACUUUUUAAUUUGACUACCAGCACCACAUCUUGAGGACAGCUCCAUUACCUGACACCCAGAGCACGCUGGUGCUCCUAGGAGCCACUUUGCCCCUGCGAGGCAGACAAGCAUGGAAACCCCUCCCAAUGCCCCUUCUCAACCCUUCCGACAGCCUAGUUUUCUGAGUCGCCGGUUGAAGGGCUCAAUUAAGAGGGCAAAGAGCCAACCCAAACUGGACCGUACCAACAGCUUCCGCCACAUGAUUCUCCCACGGUUCCGCAGUGCCGACCAAGAGAGGACUCGUCUGAUGCAGAGCUUUAAGGAGUCGCACUCCCACGAGUCCUUGCUGUCCCCCAGCAGUGCGGCAGAAGCUCUGGACAUCACCUUGGACGAGGAUGCCAUCAUCAAGCCGGUCCACUCCAGUAUUCUAGGACAGGAGUACUGCUUUGAGGUGACCACUGCCUCAGGGACAAAAUGUUUUGCCUGCCGUUCAGCCGCAGAGAGGGAUAAGUGGAUUGAGAAUCUUCAACGUGCUGUUAAACCUAACAAGGACAACAGCCGACGAGUCGACAAUGUUCUCAAACUGUGGAUCAUUGAGGCUCGGGAUCUGCCGACGAAGAAGCGCUACUACUGCGAGCUGUACCUGGACGACAUGCUCUACGCGCGCACCACGAGCAAGCUGCGCACCGACACGGUCUUUUGGGGGGAGCACUUCGAGUUCAACAACCUCCCAGCCAUCCGCAGCCUCCGCCUGCACCUGUACAAGGAGACAGACAAGAAGAAACGCAAGGAGAAGAGUACUUACCUCGGCCUGGUCAGCAUCCCCAUCUCCAGCCUCACCGGUCGGCAGUUUGUGGAGCAAUGGUACCCCGUCAUCCAGCCCAGCAUCCUGACCAAAGGGGGCGGGGGCGGGGGCAGCAAGAUCAUCAACGCCUCGAUUCGCCUCAAGUCGCGCUACCAGACCAUGAGCAUCCUGCCCAUGGAGCUGUACAAGGAGUUCGCCGAGUACGUCACCAACAACUACCGCACGCUCUGCACCGUGCUGGAGCCGCUGCUGAGUGUCAAGAGCAAAGAGGAGGUGGCCUGCGCACUGGUGCACAUCCUGCAGAGCACGGGGAAAGCAAAGGAUUUUCUGUCAGACAUGGCAAUGAGCGAAGUGGACCGCUUCAUUGAUCGAGAACAUCUCAUCUUCAGGGAUAACACCCUGGCUACGAAAGCCAUAGAGGAGUACCUCAAACUAAUCGGACACAGGUACCUCAAGGACGCCAUAGGGGAGUUCAUUCGAGCGUUGUACGAGUCCGAGGAGAACUGCGAGGUGGACCCCAUGCAGACUCCGCCCUCUGUGCUGCCGGACCGCCAGGCCAACCUCCGCAUGUGCUGCGAGCUGGCACUAUGUAAGAUCAUCAACUCCCAUUGUGUGUUCCCCCGCGAGCUAAAGGAGGUGUUCUCCUCCUGGCGGGUGCGCUGCGCUGAGCACGGGCGCGAGGACAUCGCUGACCGCCUCAUCAGCGCCUCGCUCUUUCUGCGCUUCCUGUGCCCGGCCGUCAUGUCGCCGUCGCUCUUCAACCUCACGCAGGAGUACCCAGGGCCGCGGACCUCGCGCACGCUCACUCUCAUCGCCAAGGUGGUGCAGAACCUGGCCAGCUUCUCCAAGUUCGGCGGUAAGGAGGACUACAUGUGCUUCAUGAACGAGUUCCUGGAGAUGGAGUGGGGCUCCAUGCAGCAGUUCCUCUACGAGAUCUCUAACGUGGACUGUGGCAGCAACGCCAGCCCCUUCGAAGGCUACAUCGACCUUGGCCGGGAGCUCUCCGUGCUGCAUAGCCUUCUCUGGGAGGUCAUGGCUCAACUCAGCAAGGAUGCCAUACUGAAGCUGGGGCCCUUACCCCGGCUACUGAACGACAUCAGCGUAGCCCUCAGGAACCCGCAGCUUCACCGCCAGGCCACCCAGCAGCCGGAGCAGAGGCCGCCCGACCGGCUGCUCACACGCGCCGCCACGAGCUUCAACCACAUGGUCUCGUCCGACUUCCAGAGCCUCAUGAUGAGGGACCUCAACAGCUCCAUAGACAUCUCUCGACUGCCCUCACCCUCCUCUGGGAUGCCCUCGGGCCUCGCUCACAUGGGCAUGGGGCCGUACAGCGAGCGGGACCACCGGGCGUCGUCCAAAGACCUGUUCUACGUGACCCGCCCGCCUCUGGCUCGCUCCAGUCCGGCUUACUGCACCAGUAGCUCAGAUAUCACCGAGCCUGACCAGAAGGUGCUCAGUGUAAACAAGAGUGUGUCCAUGAUGGACCUGCAGGACUCGCGGAUGAACAGCAUCUCCAACCUGCACUCGGGCGACAUGCUGAACUCCUCGCAGGCCUCACUGGCUGGGCUGGGCAGCUUCGGAGUCCUGCGAGGCGGUGGCCGCACGUCGGCAGGCUCGGGCGCGUCCAGCAUGUCCGGCGGGCUGCGUCUGAGCCACGGCGUCACGUCGGACGCCCUCUCGCAGCAGCAGCAGCAGCAGGCGGCCGCCAUGCACGUGCCACUGUCCUUCCAGAACCCUCUGUUCCACAUGGCCGCCGCCGACGGGCCGCUGCUGCACCACGUCCAGGCGCACGCGCACGGUCAUGGUCAUGGUCACGGUCACGGGCACGGCCACGGCCACGGGCAGCCCCACUCGUACCCGCCACACCCCCAGCCGCCAUCGCAGCCGGCCCCGGGCCCCCAGACACACCCGCCGCCGCUCCUGCUGGCCCCCGAGCCCGAGAACGGACCGCCGGGGUACAUGCCAGCGUUCGGACGCGGCGGCUUCUCGCGCAGCGAGGACCACGCGGGGAUGCGGCCGCAGAGCAGCCUGGUGCAGCCCAGCAUCAUCCACUCGCACAGCUACAGCGACGACUUCACGCGCCAGAACCAGGACGCCGAGUACGUGCGCCGGCAGCUCUCUCUGCAAGUGCAGGAAAAUCUCCAGCAGCAGGUUCUGAUGGGAAUGGCUCCGUCCACGGCCACAGGCAUGGGCACGCCCGCCUCCAUCGCCACGCCCCCGACCACCAUCCACCCCGUCCGCCAGGCGUCUGUGUCCCCUCUGGCCCCCCCGCCUCCGCCGCGCAUCAAGCCCCAGCCGCCCCACCAGCUCUCCGUCGGCUCCGCGGCCACGUCCACCCCGCCCAAAGCCCGGCCCCAGAGCGGCAACCUGCUGCAGUCCCCCGAGUCCAGCUACGGGGCCCGGCCCCAGCCCCGGCAGCAGCUCUCUGUCAAGGACAGCCCGGCCCCAGGGCUCCCGCACCAGCCCAGCGUGGCUCAGGAGACUCCGGCCCAGGAGGGGGCGACAGAGAGCACGGACACGCCGAAAAAGAACCAGACGGCUAAGUCUCCCCAGCAGCAGCAGCUGCUUAAGCCGACCAACGCAAAGCCGGGCGCUAAAUCUCCAUCUACACUGACCCCCUCCAGUGCGGCGUCGGAGCGCACGGUGGCUUGGGUCUCCAACAUGCCGCACCUCUCGGCCGAUAUCGAGAGCCUGCGCGUGGACCGGGAGGAGUUCAAGCUGAAGGAGCACUCCAAAAGCAUGGAUGAGUCCCGCCUUGAGAGGGUGCGCGAGUACGAGGAGGAGAUCCACUCGCUCAAGGAGCGCCUGAUGAUGUCUCACCGCAAGCUGGAGGAGUACGAACGCAGGCUGAUGUCGCAGGAGCACCAGACCAGCCAGAUCCUCCAGCAGUACCAGUGCAGGCUGGACGACAGCGAGAGGAAGCUUCGCCAGCAGCAGAUGGAGAAGGACUCACAGAUCAAAGGCAUCAUGAAUCGGUUAAUGGCGGUGGAGGAUGAGUUGCGCACUGGCCCCGUGCCGGAGGUGAAGACUCGUCUCUUUCCUGAGCAGGAAGAGCAAUACUCCUCCCUGGGCUCUGUGGACCCCUGCCACGUGCCGGGGGGGAUCCCUGGUUCGGGACCCUCCUCCCUGGGCACGUCCUCGGCGGGGUCCCCCUGGAACAGCGCCCUCCCCCCGCUGCCCCCCCGCUUGCUAAUCAGCCACAAUGGCGGCCUACCUUCGUCAGGCAUCGCCAUGACGGCGGGGAGCACGGCAACCUGGAGCACAGACAGAGCGCCAGGCUUCACCGGGGAACGUGUAGCCUGAGGGACGCUGAGCAACAGCAACACCUAACUCCUCAGUGUUGAAUUUGUACCUGAGGCUGGAGACACAAUUCAACCAUAAACACAUACAUACUGUACAAACAUACAUACAUACAUACAUACAUACUGUACAU